CCUGAAGAGACACUCACAGAAGCCAGGCAGUCACAUCAUCUUUGACAUUGUUUUCAUUUCGGUGAACGAGAAGUUUGAUCAGAUAUUUGGAUGGAUAUUUGCAGGUGAUUCACAACAAGAAAAAGAUGUACUCAAUCAGAAGUAUGCCCACAAUAGCUCACCGGGACCUCAGAGACGAAGAUGGUGUGGAAGAUAUGACACAAUUGGAGGAGAUGCAUGAAGGGGCUGUUCUGUCGAACAUAAAGAAAAGGUUUGAGAGAGAGCUCAUUUAUACAUACAUAGGAAGUAUUCUGGUGGCGGUGAACCCCUAUAAGAUGUAUAACAUCUACGGGACAGAUGUGGUUCUGUUGUACAAAGGUCGUGCUCUGGGAGAGAACCCUCCGCAUUUGUUUGCCAUAGCAAACGCUGCUUAUUCCAGAAUGAUGGAUGCCAAACAAAACCAAGUUGUAAUAAUCAGUGGGGAGAGUGGAUCUGGAAAAACAGAGGCCACCAAACUUGUCCUACGCUACCUAGCAGCAAUACAUCACAAGUCGAAUUAUGCACAGCAGAUUGAGAUACUCGAGGCAGCUCCUCUGCUGGAAUCCUUUGGAAAUGCCAAAACUGUGAGGAAUGAUAAUUCCAGUCGCUUCGGGAAAUACAUCGAAGUCUUUCUGGAAGACGGUGUGAUCAGCGGUGCCAUAACCUCUCAGUAUCUUCUGGAAAAGUCCCGUAUCGUCUUCCAGGCCAAAGAUGAGAGGAACUAUCACAUCUUCUACGAGAUGCUCGCAGGUCUUCCUUCUCAGCAGAAACAAGCUUUCUAUCUGCAAGAAGCUGAGACCUACUAUUACCUUAACCAGGGAGGGGAUUGUGGGAUAACAGGAAAGAACGAUGCAGAUGAUUUUCGACGUCUGCUUUCUGCCAUGGAAAUCCUCCGCUUCACCCCAGAUGACCAGUCUGCCAUCUUUAGAGUCCUCGCGUCCAUACUACACCUAGGCAAUGUGUACUUUCAGAGAUAUGAGGCUGACGGCCAGGAGGUGGCGUCAGUGGUGAGUGCUCAGGAGAUCCGGGUGGUGGCGGAGCUGCUGCAGAUCUCACCUGAAGGACUACAGAAAGCCAUCACCUACAAAGUCACAGAGACAAUGAGAGAAAAAAUCUACACACCUUUGACUGUAGAAAGUGCUGUGGAUGCCAGAGAUGCGGUUGCCAAGAUCUUGUACUCGCUGCUUUUCCACUGGUUAACAGAGAGGAUCAAUGCUCAGGUUUACCCACUCCAACAUACCCUCUCCAUCUCCAUCCUUGACAUCUAUGGAUUUGAGGAUCUGGCCUUCAACAGCUUUGAGCAGAUUUGCAUAAAUUAUGCAAACGAGUAUCUGCAAUUCUUCUUCAACAGGAUCAUAUUCAGAGAGGAGCAGGAGGAAUACCGCAGAGAACAAAUCCAGUGGCAGGACAUCACAUUCAACGACAACCAAGCUUGCAUCGACCUUAUUGCUGCAAAGCCUCAUGGGAUACUGAGGAUUCUGGAUGACCAGAGCUGUUUCCCGCAGGCAACAGACCACACUUUCCUCCAAAAGUGUCACUAUCACCAUGGUAACAACCCACUGUAUCAGAAGCCAAAGAUGCCCAUUCCAGAGUUCGCCAUCAAGCAUUUUGCGGGUAGAGUCACUUACCAGGUUUACAAGUUCCUGGAUAAGAACUACGAUCAGGUCCGGCAGGAUGUUCUGGACCUGUUCAUUCAGAGUCGGAACAAGAUGGUGUCAAACCUCUUCCUGGUUCACGCGGAGGUCAUGGGUCAGCAGAGAGGAGGACACAUGAGGAAAAGCAGCUCAGUCACCAGAAAAUACCAAGCUUCUACCGUCAGCAGCAAGUUCCAGCAGUCACUGCUCGAGCUUGUUGAGAAGAUGGAAAGGUGCAAUCCUUUUUUUGUUCGCUGCAUUAAGCCAAAUAACAUGAAGCAACCAGGUGUGUUUGAGGACGACCUGGUCAGCAACCAGCUGCAACACUCCGGGGUCCUGGAGACCAUCAGGAUCAGAAGAGAAGGAUAUCCAGUUCGAAUGCCAUUCUACAUGUUUCUCUUCAGAUAUAAGUCCCUGGUGGGCAUACAAGAGGUUCCAGCAGCAACUGAAGAAAACUGUGUGAUACUGCUCAGUAAGCUGUGUCCCCUCCGACCCGGAGCCUUCCAGGUCGGUGUCACAAAGCUGUUUCUAAAAGAGGACAUCUACCAGCUGUUGGAGUGUAAACGAGAGCGAUCCCGUCAUCUUGCCGCUCUCACCUUGCAGCGCUACACUCGCAUGUUCUUCGUCAGGAAACGCUAUCUCGCCUUUCGCUACAAAAUCAUCGGGUUUCAGGCACAGUGUCGGGGCUUCCUUGUUAGGAAGCAGUAUAUGAAAAUGAGGAAGAGUCUGGUCCGGUUCCGCUCUAUCGUCCACAUGUACGUCAACCGCAAGCAAUACAUCAAGAUGAAGUUUGAUGCCAAAAGAAUAGCUGAGGAGCAGAGGAGGAGGAGAGACAUGGAGCUGAGCAAGAGGGAGGUGGUUAAUGUCACACACCUGGUGAUCCCUGCAGAACUGGGCACUUUACUACAGAUGGUAGGAGUCAGGAGGGAGCUGCACGCAGACUGUUUGGCGCUGCUUCAGGCUCCCUACAUCCAGGAAGAAGCUCAGCUCACGCUGCCUCUGGACAUUAACAACUACCCUUUUUACCGCUACGUACAGAUCUACUUCAGGGAGCCAAAGUUUGGGAUGCUGAUGGCCCCUCUGGCAUCUGCUCUGACCCGGCUGGAGGAGGACCUGAGCAGGGACGCUCUGGACCUUUUCAAGAUGGUGUUACGAUUCAUGGGGGACCCUCACCUGAACGGAGCACAGGAAAACAUGUUUGGGAAUUACAUCAUCCAAAGAGGUCUGUCGUCUCCAGGGUUACGAGACGAGAUCCUGGCUCAGGUUGUCAACCAGGUGUGGAGGAACACAAACGCUGACAACGCAGAGAGAGGUUGGCUGCUGCUUCUGGCCUGUGCUUGCAGCUUCGCUCCGUCGCCCAAGUUGGACAAAUAUCUGCUGAAAUUGGUGUCAGACCGCGCCCCUGCUGGCUGUCAGGCUUUACUGCAACACAGACUCAUUCAAGCCAAUCAGAAGGUGCAGCUGUAUUCAGGCUCCACCCUCGACACGUCACGGACCUAUCCGCUGUCACUGCUGGAGUGGACAGCCAAUAGGAAGAAGGCUAAUAUGGUUCUGCAUGUGCAUUGUUUCGAUGGAGCAUCGUUCCUGUGUCCUGUCCAUUCCUGGACCAGUGGAGAGGAUUUAGCAGGACACAUCCUCCGUCACAGGGGAGUGUCUGACUGCUGGAGGGGCAGCUCCAUCCUGAUGAAGGAGCACAGCCAGUGGGUGGAGUUAGCAGGUCAUGACUACGUGCUGGACCUGGUGUCCGACCUCGAACUUCCCUCAGAGUUCCCAAAGCACAAGAGCUAUUUCAUCAUCAGCACUGACAACCCAGCAAAAGUCCGAUCUAAUGCCAGUCUUGCUCUGUUUGGCGGCGGCUUUGACUCGGAUGAGGAGCUUCCUUCCUCCUUUCCUCUCAACAGCAGCAGACCUGCUUAUAGUCUCCCCGACUCUGACGGUUACUACAGCCACGCAGAGUCAGAUGUGUUCAGUGAUGGUCAGACUCAGAGAGGGAUGGAUCGCUACCUGGACAGCCUGUUUGACCCGGUUCUCUCAGAUAACGGUGUAGAUAUGGAAAAGACAGGUUUGUCAGCAAGGAUGAAGGGAGGAGGAGGUAUAGGCGUCAGAGGUGAAGGACAGGGGGAUGGGGAAAGUCCUGCACCGGCCAGCCGGCCUUACCCACCAGGAAUACAUCCUGGAGGUUCGGAGCAGGCAGUCCUGACUCAGCAGCAACAGGCCAUCAUCAACCAGCAAGCCAUCAUUCUGGCCCAACAGAUGACCAUGCAGGCCAUUGCAAUCCAGCAGCAAAUGCUGUCCUCCUUCCCCCCCGUUGCUCCUGCCCCUGAGUCACCACCCCUACAUCAUCACCCACAGCUGAAACAGCGCUCACACACAUCCAGCCCUACCAAAGAGAGCAACGAGUCCCACAAGUCCAGCCCUGCUGCAGCUCAGCGGAAAAUCAGUCCAACACGCCACCCCCCUCCUGAGGAUGUUGUCCAAGCCACUGUGAGCAACACAGAGCGCAUUGACCCGAGCCACGACAUCAAAGACAUCAUCAAACACCACCAGCCGUCUGGCACGGCAACGUCUACUGGGUCGUCCAUUCAGAGGAAAAGUGAAGGGAAGAUGUUUGUGAGGAAACCUGACCCUCACGAUGAAGCUAUGGAGAUCCUUAAAGAUCAAAUGGCAAACCCACCACGGCCGUCUCAGAAGAUGCCUCAGCCUGCACAGCCCAAAGAAGAUGGAGGAAUGAAGGUUGCCAAGGCAACCAAACUUCAAGCCUCAGGGUCAGUCAGCUCCAACAUCAGCCCCGCCCCUCCUCCAGUCUCUAGGGAGUUACAAGUAGAUGAGGAAGUCAUUCAAACUCAACUCCACAGCAGAACUAGUGAUGAAUAUUACACCUACUCCAACGUCCCAUGGAAACUCUUUAUGAGGAAAGAGGUUUUCUACCCUAAAGAGACCGUAAACAAUCCUCUGGUCCUGGACCUGAUCUUCAGACAGAUUUUGCAUGACACCUUCUCUGAGGCUUGCAUCCGAAUCACCCAGGAGGAGAGACAGAAGAUGAAAGCCCUGUUUGUGGAGAAAAAUGUAGAUCAAACAUCAGGAACACAUGAUGAGAAUGUGAAGAAGAAAGUGGUUGCCAUGGCCAAAGACUCCUGGGAGAUCUACUUCUCCCGCCUUUUCCCAGCCUCUGGCAGUGUGGGAACGGGAGUGCAGGUGUUGUCGGUGUCUCACACAGGCAUCAAACUGCUCAAACUUGUGAAGAGCGGUUCUUCAUCUUCAGACUACUUCCGAGUGUUGAGGCCUUACAGCUACUCGGACAUCCUGUUCCUGUCUAUUCCAUCCAAGAACAUGCUGGAGUUCAACUUGACCAACGAGAAGCUGAUCCUGUUCUCUGCAAAGGCCCCGCAGGUCAAGCACAUGAUCGACUACUUCCUCACGGAGCUCAAGAAGGACUCUGAGUACGUGGUGGCGGUCAGGAAUUACAUCACCGACAGCAGGACUCAGCUCAGCUUCCACAAAGGGGACAUCAUCAGACUGCAGCAUAUGGAUGGUGUGGAGACCGGCAAACAUUAUGGCUGCAUUGUAAGGAAAAAGGUCAUGCUUCUGGAGGAGCUUAAAAGGGACACUCCUGAGUUUGGCUGGCGGUUCGGGGCUGUGUAUGGAAAGUCUGGAGUGUUUCCAAGUGAAUACGUGCAUCCUGUGGCUGCUCCAGACUUCCUGGUUCUGCCUGCUGAACGUCUAGAGCCGCGAGACCGCCAGGGAAGAGUUGCCGCAUCAGCUGCUGUUGCCGUAGCGAUGGGCUCGGCUGUAGCCGCUCAUGAGCUUGACCUGUCCACAGAGGUAGUAAAUGACAUGUACGGGGAAACCUUGAGCAUUGAACUGGAAGAUUUGCCGCUGCACAGCAGUCAGUAUCACAUGACUGAGUUUGCCAAGAAGUACUUCAGAGAAGCACAGAGGAACAAGAGUGAUCAGAAAGCCAAAAAGGGGAAGGAGGGCAGAGACCCUACAGAUAUGAUCAAAUUCUCCAAGUCUCCAAUCCAAGAGUCUCUGAUUGACUUCUCAGACAGUGGGAUGAACAGAGUGGCUGCUGACAUCUUCUUAGCCAUAAUGAAGUUCAUGGGAGAUUUCCCACUCAAAGGCCAGACGGAUCAGGAGCUGGUUACCACCAUACUGAAGUUAAGCGGAGACCACGGUCUGAUAAAGGAUGAAGCCUACUGCCAAGUGAUGAAGCAGGUCACGGCCAACACCAGCUCCAAGCCGGACAGCUGUCAGAGAGGAUGGAGGCUGAUGUACAUCCUCACAGCGUUCCAUCGCUGCUCCGAUGUCAUGAAGCCGUUCCUGCUGAAGUUCCUGCAGGAUGCCUGCGAGAGUCCAGGGAUUCAGUACCAAGGUAUUGCCAAAGCAUGUGAACAGAAUCUGAGGAGGACUUUCCAGUACGGCGGACGUGUCCAGUAUCCUAACAACAUGGAGCUCAAAGCUAUGCUGGCUGGGCGGAGCUCCAAGAGACAGCUGUUCCUGCUCCCAGGUGGAAUCGAGAGACACUUGAAGAUCAAGACAUGCUCUGUUACUUUAGACGUGAUUGAGGAGAUUUGCUUCGAGAUGGGACUGCAGAGGCUGGAGGCUUUGGAUGAAUAUACCGUGUUUUUGGUCACACACAGAGGUCAGAAUGUGCGCCCGCUGAACAAACGUGAGUACAUCCUGGACAUUGCUACAGAGGCGGAGCAAGUGGACGCCAACUACAGCCUUUGGUUCAGAAGAGUCAUUUGGAGUCUGGCUCUUAAACUUGACAACGAGCUCUACGUCACCAUGCACUACAACCAGGUCUUGCCAGACUACCUGAAGGCCUUGCUGAGUGUGGUUCCUCAGGGUAAGGCCAGUGAUCAGCAUAUGCAGCAGAUUGCCAGGCUGGCAGCCCUGCAGCACCGUGCCAAGGACGCCACCUACCUGCCCACCAUCCGUGAGGUCCAGGAGUGUGUCCCCCCUCAGUUCUACAGCAAACAGGGUUCACAGCAGUGGCUGAACAUGGUAAUGCAGCACAUGCCGCAGGUCCAGGCUUUGAACCCAAACCAGGCCCGUGCACAGUUCCUCGGUUUGGUCAGUGCCUUCCCCAUGUUUGGCUCCUCCUUCUUCUACAUCCAGAGUUCGGGCUCUGCCUCCAUCCAUGGCCCCUGCAUCCUCGCCGUUAAUCUGAAUGGACUACACUUUCUCAACAAAGACACUCACGAGGCCACGGUACGGUUCCCCCUGAAGGAAGUCCAGUCAACUCGCACCCAGAGACCCACGUCCGGCUCCAGUUACCCCUACGUGGAGAUCAUGAUAGGAGACCUGCUCAACCAGCGCAUCACACAGCUGCAGCUGGAGCAGGGCCUGGAGCUGUGCCGAGUCGUUGCCAUGCACAUGGAGAACAUGCUGUCAGCCAGAGAAAAGAGACUCACAUUACCACCAAGUGAAAUUACCCUGCUAUAGCACAGAUGUACAGAUGGACAGAAAUACGUUUCAUGUCUUAUAAAUAUACUGCAUCUACCUCUGUUUCUAAAGUAGAAUACAUUGAUAUGUAAAGGCUAUGUUCGUGUUCAGCAUGGUUAAAAUGUUAAGAAUGCACUUUUACUCUUAACCCAUUCAUACAGCAAAUAAAAUGCCUCAGUGCUGCCUUUUUGAGGCAAACUGAGUCAGAUUUGACCAAAUAUUUAACCUGCUACUUUGGUUUUCUUGUCGAGAACCAUCUGGGCUCUUAUCUGUUGUGGCUGCUGUACAGUUUGGUGCACCGAUGAUAAGGACUACAGUUUCUUUAUUCAGCUCCCCAUUUGAGAAGGACAUUUUUAUUAUUAUCAGUUGUGAUUCCAUGGCAACAUUAAGGUAGAUUAAAAUAGUAGUGGCCUUGCACUGUACAAAAGUAGGAGGUGUUGCUGUAGUUGCUGCCAACAAUUAUUUUCCAGGUGGUUUACUGCGCCAUAGAAAGCGAUAGUGUCUAAUAUUACCCAGCAACAACUUCACUGCCCCUGCUCAGUGGAAAGGUCAAUGGGGUCACUGUCCAUUGACUUUGAAAGGGAUCAAAUCAUGCAAUCCCAGACCAAAUUUUGGGUUAUUUGCGUUACAUUGGAGGUGUUGCUCCUGUUGGAUGUUGAGAAAAGCAACUCUUCAGGUGCUGAUGCAAGCGCAAGGAAAUCACAUUGCAACUCCACACUAGUACUAGCCGUACAUGAGGAGGGGGUUGUGUCAAAGCACCCGGCUUACUUGUGUACUGAUUGGGAAGAUGUCUAUCUGUUUGAUGAAGGCACAUCAGAGACACGAGUGAUGAGUCGGGAAGUUCUUUUUAGUUUACUGAAAUCAUUGGACUCAAAUAAUUAAAAAGAUUUAUUGAAGAUUCCUUCACUGAAUCCUUCAGUACUUGAUCUGAGCUCUCACUGCGCAUCACUGAACUGAAAAAACAGCUGAACGGUUCAUGUUUCCGCAGCUUAUAAUUCUCUGCUUCCUGCAAAGCUUUGGCAAAUACACCAUAUCUCCACUCAUAAAUCUGAAUAUUCUAGAUGUUUCUUCUCUAAAUUUUGGAAAUGAACGUUGGUUUUGAAUUAUUUUAAGUCUUUUAAACUGGUCUAUAGUUCAUCAUUGCUCUUGGUCUUGUUGAGCCUGAUUCUUCCAGCUUAAGCUGCUCACCAUAACUGGGGACUCGUGUUCACUGUGAACCAGUACGUUCAGUGACUGCAUGACUGAAUGUAAUACAGCAUGUGAUUAUGUUUAUGUGACUAUGCAAAUGUAAACACCUUGUGUGAAAUCCCCCAAUUACAUUACCUGUUCGCCUGGGGAUACAGGGAUACAGUCAAUCAGUGAUUCACUCAAGUCUUUCGUUUGCAGGAAACCAAUCACGUUUUUUCACAGCAGCAGUGUUUACUUGUUUGCAGCUGAACUCAGCUCAACUGUGACAUAAAUAAAUUAUUGCAGUAAGUGAUUCAGUUAAUUUCCACUAAGCAGUUGUUCUGAAAAAUGAUUUGUUCAUGACUGGCACAGCACUAAAAAGAACCAAAAAAAACAAAAAACAACCUACUGUCGAGGAUUGUAAUACUCCUGUGAGAGUGCACUGUUUAACUUGAACAUAUCUCAGGAGAAAUAGUGCACCAUUUAGGGAGUAGGGGUUGAUUUUUGGACACAGCAAAUAUCUGACUAUGUUCGCCUCAUUUAUGUGAAGGUGCAUUACUGUAAAACAUUAAAGGACCAUCAUAAAUAAAAAAAAAUGUUCUCCCUUUGCCAUGAAAUAAAGGGCAAAGUACUGGCAGGGAAAUAUAUUUAUGGAAGCAGGAUUUGGCACAUAAAUUCUUAGGCCACUUAUAUCAGAAGAUUUUUGCACUCAACAAAUGUUUACUCAUACAGUGUGUAUUUUGUAAAUAUUGGUUGUACAUAACUAAUGGAUGUGAA